AUGGCUAUGUCUAUUGGAAUAUGCCGAAAUAAAACUGGGGACGAGAAAACUCGGUGGAUGCCGGAGCAAGGUAAAUAGUUGGCGAUUACUAAUUUUCGUUGCGUAGUACCUAAUUGAGUCAAGGGGUUAAGCAAGUUCUCCCAUAGAUUCAAUGCGAUAUUGAGCCGAGUAUGGAGUGCAAGGCAGAUGCUAUGCUGCAAGCUCUCCUGCAGCGCUCUUCUUCCGCUCCUGAGACUGAACAGCCCGAGCUCUUCCAAAAGUGCCUCAAAGCAGUUCUGCCAGUUUGUAACGGAAAGGUUUCCACCCCGCUUGUGAACUCUUCUGAUGUCAAGACAACCCUCAACAAAUAUGUACGUCCAGGAGUAGAAAAUGACUCCUACGGCCCUUUCGUAAGAGCCACUAAAUUAGCACUUGCUUGUCUUCAAGAUAUUGAGAUUGACAGGAUGUGUGCUCCCGUUCCCGCCGUGGACAUGAUCUGCCAGCAGAACGAUAUGCUCGUGCACCAAACCCACCAGACUACGACAUCCAUUCGGAAGCCCGACCUGGACAUUCUUCUUCUGAGUAGUGCAUGUGCUUCUUUUCAGGAUGAGACGUACGGCAAGAAGGGCAAAUAUAAGGAUAGUCAAAAGAACGACGAAAAGAAUCAAGAAAAGAAUGGCGAGAAGGAUGACGAACGGCGCAUAAAGCAACCCAAGGCUCAUAUGGACACGAAUGCAACGGUAAAGGCGAAAAAUCCUCCCUGGAAAGAUGUCCUAGCUUGCAUCAAGUUCAAGAGAAAGACGCCAGGGAGAAUAAAAGGGAUUAAGAAACCACCCUCUUCGUAUGCAGUAACAGACUAUGUCCCUACCGAGCCAGAAUAUUUACUGGUGGAUCAUCUUAAGGGAAGCUCCCAAGCAACACGAACUGCGUCCGGCACUGCAUGCUGCAGUUCUAUCUUCAGGCCUUCCUGCUGCCCAGCCUUCCAGGGUGGGUCUAGCUCCAAGCGCAAGGCCGCAGACACUCUGGAAUCCGCCGCGAAAAAAUUUAAGAUGAACUUCGAUGACGCGGUCGCGGACGCAGAUCUAGAUGUGACCGUCCAGACGGGUCUGUACGCUGCCGAAAUGUUUGUGGUCAAUCCUGGAAUUAAUUACUUCCUGAAUGUCGUCGUCGUCGACGAUGUAAUGUGGAUCUGGUAUUAUGAUCGUCAAGGGAUAAUUCAAUGCUCAGGUAUCAACUUUAUUCAAGAUCUCCCACGAUUCAUGAUGCUAUUGUAUGCUUUACAACGCUUCAAGCUUCACGAUUUGGGUCGAAACAAGGACUUCUGCCCAGUUCAAAUUGAGGGGAGGGGAUGCCACGAAUUCAAAAUCAAGGAUGAAGAUCUUGGAACGGUGGAUCUGUUGCGUCACACCAGCCACGAUGAAAGAGUGACGCCCUACAUGCUGCAAGGACAGGCCACUAAUGAUGAGAUGGUGACCAAGAGCUUUUGGGGAGAGGCAAGUAGCACCAGCGAGCCAGGGAUCCUGAAAAGGUUUGAGGAGAUCGCUAAGAGGCACGCAAAUGUCCAAGACCAUAUGCCGAAGCUCUUUUGGCACCACACGUUUACAAAUCCCACGUCCACCAUUCGAGAAGCGCUAGGUGUUCCGGAACCUACUAGGGGCAGCCGCGUGCUCUACAUUCUUGUAUUCCGCAAGCUCCUACCCAUCGCACGGCUUGAUGAUAAAGAGCUUUUUGACGUAUGGCGUCAGUGUAUCUGUAAAGCUGAUAGUCACCUCACGCUGUGGAAGGAAGGAGUCCAUCAUCGAGAUGUCAGUCCUGGAAACCUGGUGUGGUACUGGAAAUGCGGGAGGCGGAUAGGCAUUAUGAACGACUACGAUCUGUCCUCGUUGGCGGAUGACCCAGGUCCUCAGAGAAAUAAACGCAUGAGCACAGUACCCUUCAUGGCGCUCGACCUCUUCACCGAAGAAUGUCAACAGGGCAAAGUGAAACACCUAUAUCGCCACGAUCUAGAGUCGUUCAUGUGGUGUUUCGUGUGGACUUCCUUUCGUUACGAGAACGGAGUCCUUCUACCACGGAACUUGCGCUGCUUCGGUGAAUGGGGAGCUUUAGACGCUAUGUCAUGUGCCAGGAGGAAGUACUCUCUUCAAGGACAUAGAAACCCCCCUCCACGCUUGCCCACAGAUCCACUUGUGUGGCGUUUCAUUGUAGCGUGUUUGAAGGUGCUUGACGCGGAAGCCUACAACCGACGUGCACGACAACCCGAUUUACCAACAGAGGUAGACAAGCGAACGAACACCGAGGAAUCAGUAUCAGAUAUGGAUUAUUUUCUAGCCAAAUUCACAGCUACUCCGGCUUGGGCUGCGCUCAGCAGCCCUAUACCUUCACAAUGA